AUGAAAGUCAUCAUAAUAGGAGGGGAUGUUUCGGCCUUCGUGUGCGCAAUUACUUGUCGUCGCGAAAAUCUGGACGUGAUCGUGCUCGAGUCUGAACAAGAUACUGAGACUACCCCGGGCGUCCAGAUCCCGCCUAACGGAACACAUCUCCUCCGCCGAUUGGGUUUGCUCAAUGCAGUACUCGAGAAGGGGGAUAUACUCCAGACGAUUGAUUUCCGACGAUAUGCCGAUGGAGGAGUGACCAGAUCGAUGCCAUGCGGGGAGGAGACGUGUCGAGUAUAUGGAGGGCCAUGGAUAACGAUCCAUCGAGCAGAUCUGCUCCAGAUCCUCCGAGACAGGGCACGGAAAUUGGGUACUGAGAUCCGAUCUGCCGCAGUGCGAGAAGUAAACAGCAAGACUGCAGAGGUGAUCCUGGGAGACGGGGAGAGACUACAAGGAGAUGUUGUGAUCAAAGCAGACGACAACACAAUCAACGAACCCCCCUCACCAAGCACACCAAACGAGACAGAAACCAUCUACCAAACGACCAUCUCACGCAAACACCUCGAAGCCCUCAACAACCCUAAAAUCGACGAACUCUGGCAAGGUCGACACAGCACCACCGUCUGGCUAGGACCCAACCAACACACCGUCUUCUAUCCCAUCCGACAUGGCCAAACAUUCAUCUUGAACAUAUACCAUACCAGCACUGACAGCAAUCCCAGCACCACCCCAACCGCCCAGGAAAUAUGCACAGGCUGGGACAGCCGCCUCCAAACCAUCCUCACCCUCACACCCACCCUAACACCCACUACCUCCUCCUCCAACCACACCCACAACCAUCACCACCAAGCCCCAACCCCUCCCCAAUCCCUCCUAACCCACCUCCCCACCUCAACAACCCCAGUCCCACCCUACCUCUUCCAAACAACCUCCACAGCCAUCGAAGAAGCCCUCACCCUCGGCACCCUCCUCAGCCUCUACAACCAACAUACCCACCUACACUUCCACCCGCAACUCAAACCCCAAUCCCAAUCCCACUCGCACCUCCCCUCCCUCCUAACCCUACACACAACGCUCCGCGCCCCCAUCACCACCUCCAAGACACAAUCUGCACUCUCCACCCUCCGCACAUUCCAACUCGAGAACGGACUUGCCCAGCAAGCGCGGGACUGGGUGCUUAGUGGGGCGGGGAUAACGAGGGAUACGGAUGGGUGGUGGAAGGUUGUGUCGUCGCGACAGGAGGGGGUGUUGGGUGGUGGGGUUGGGUUGGUGGAUGAGACGGGGAGGGCGUUUUGGGAGUGGAUGAGGGAGAGGGGGGAUAGGGAAAGGGAGGGGUCAUCGUCGUCGUCUGGGAGGUCGAGUUGUGGGAUUGGAGGGUCGAGGAGGAGGUGGUAUGCUUGGUGUUGA